AUGGCCCCUGGCAUCCCAACUCACAGUACUACGAUUGACAGAGAGCUUUCCUCCAUGCACAAUGCUGGUGCCAGCGAGAGGCUACUGGACGACGCCGAAGAUGUCACCCGCAAGGAGCAUGAACUUACUUUCUGGGCUGGUAUCAAGCUGUAUCCUUGGGCAGUGGCCUGGUCCAUGACCAUGUCGACAACACUUGUGAUGGACGGCUACGAUUUCAAGCUGAUCGGCAGUCUGUUCGCUCAACCACAGUUUGCAAAGGCAUACGGCCAAAGACAAGCAAACGGCAAAUACCAGAUUCCCGCUGCUUGGCAGACCGGUCUCAAUAAUGGGAGCAACGUGGGUCAGAUGAUCGGACUCCUGAUCGCAGGCUUCAUCGUUGAUAGGCUAGGCUUUCGCAAGACAAUGAUCUCGGCACUCUGUAUUGUGCCCUGCCUCAUCUUCUUGCAAUUCUUUGCGAAGAGUCUCGCUCAGCUAGAAGCUGCUCAAGUCUUGAUGGGCAAGUCUCCGAACGCAGCCGGGGCUUUGCGAAAGUACUCUCGUGCUGACUCGGCUGCUCAGGCAUUCCCCUUGGGCUGUUCCAGACUGUUACCUGCGUAUACGCAGUCGAGAUUUUACCAGUAUGUCUCGGUGCUUACUUGA